AUGUUGUCCAACAUACUCAGGCCCGUCUUAGGCUGCCUUCUCCUCUCCGACGGCGUCUUGUCCGCCUUACUACCUCGUGGGGAUGAUGCAGGCAUUCAUCCUUGGAUUGAUCACGAUAAGGUCACCGCAUUCUCUCAAAAUGCAUCUCCGGGACUAGAGGGCCAGUUGGAACUGCGUUUCAACCCUGAUCUCUAUGUCUCCGGAGGGUGCGACCCCUAUCCUGCUGUAGAUGCCAGUGGAAACCUGGGUGCUGGCCUGAGACCAACUGGCGGUGGAAGAAGCGGCUGUGGUGAUGGCCAAGGUGGCCAAGUGUAUGCCCGCCGUGGUGUAAGUCAAGGCCGGGUUGGCAUCAUGUAUAGCUACUACUUCCCCAAGGUCCGCUGGGCAAAGGGUGAUAACAACGGCCAUCGCCACUACUGGGCCAGCAUCGUCGUAUGGAUCAACCGUUGGGGAUGCGAAGUUGAUGAUACUACUUCGGCUUGGCCAGUUGGAGUUUCAUUCACGACUGAUCACUUGGCAUGGGGCACUGCCAACGCUGGCGAUAUCACUUUCAAGUCCUCCGAUGUUGGCGUCGAUAUGCCUACCCACCCUAGGAUGCAAGUUCACGACAACGCUAUGGCACCCUUCUCUGGUGCCGACGGGAACAAAAUCUACGAGCGUACCCUUAUCGGAUGGGAUUCGAUACCUGAUGAGGCCAUUAAGGCGCUCACUGACGUCAAAUAUGAGAAGACGGAAGUGCCAUUUGUCGAAGCAAACUUUCAACGUCACUUGGACGCCGCUUACCGGGAAAGCUUUUACGGCGGUCUUUCUGAUCAGCAAGGCUGUGUUCAAGACGAUGCUCCUCAAGAGCCAGAGAAGACCGAAGGACAGUAA